AUGGUACCCCACGGUACUCUUGAGGAUGGAAGCUUCAUUAUCAUUGGUGGUUGCAGGACCGGAGGAUUCGUCAACGACCCAGGACAGAACAACCCCACUUACGAGUUCUACCCGUCCAGAGGCCAGCCCGUCCACUCUCCUGUCCUUGAAAACACACUCCCUACCAACCUCUUCCCGCUCACCUGGCUCCUUCCCUCCGGAAAGCUCCUGAUACAAUCUAACUGGCAAACCAUCCUAAUGGAUUACAAGACCCAAAAUGAACAGCCCCUCGACGAUAUGCCGGCAGCGGUAAGGACCUAUCCUGCUAGCGCUGGCACCACCAUGAUGCCUCUUACUCCGAGCAACAAUUACACGGCGACUAUCAUGUUUUGUGGCGGUUCCAACGUUCCAACUGACCAAUGGCGCGCCCCUGGCUUCAACGCGAUGGAGACCCCGACUUCCGCCUCGUGCGUCCAGAUCACCCCCGACGUUUCAGGCAAAUACCGAGAUGUAGAACCCUUCCCGGAGCCGCGUGUGCUCACAAGCUUGAUCCUCCUCCCUGAUCAAACAGUCUUGGCGCUCAAUGGUGCGCGAAAGGGUACUGCUGGCUACGGAAACGAUACUUGGGCCGUCGGCCAGUCGUAUGCCGACGAUCCCGUUCUCACUCCACUCAUCUACGAUCCCAAGGCAGCAGCAGGAAAACAAUGGUCGAGCGAUGGGUUUUCUCCCAGUACCGUUCCUAGGAUGUAUCAUUCGUCGGCAACCCUCCUUCCUGACGGUGAUUACUAG